AGUACACAUCAGUAAACAUCAUGGCGUCUAACCGGGAACUGGAUUUCAAUAAAGACGACCUCCCCUUGCAAGCAAACACUAAUCAUAUUCUCGUCAGGCACUACGUCCUGGAUCUGAGCACUGACUUUCAGCGCAAGGUCAUUGGUGGCAAUAUUGUCCUGUUUCUGGAACCUGGAAAAGGAACUGAAAGAUCAGAAGAGUUGGACUCUGUGUUUUCAUCCCAAAUAAAUGAAUCAUCCUUUCUGAAUAGUCUAGAUUCUGAAGAAGCCAUAUGUUUAAGUGAUUCUAUAGAUGUACCUAAUAACACUGUGGUGCAUGAACAGCUAGAGGAUCCACACUUGGGUAAAACAAGCCAACCUUAUGCAAGUAAUGCGUCAUUGAUCAAAACGAGUGUGGACUUCACUUUAAUAUUAGAUUGCUGUGACCUGCUGGUGUCUAAGGUGGAAGAAGUGGAAGUAAGCACUGUCUUAAAUCUAGCGGAGCUUCCUGUGGUUGACCAGGUGUCUUUGGAUUCUGAGCAGCCUUCAUCAUCUGGUUUAGUACAGAGACUGAUCUCUAUGCCCUCAUCCAAAUGGAGACAGCAGCAGGAUCUGUAUCUUCAGUGCAGUUGUGCCUCUGCUGUCUGUCAGUCAGAACCGUUACUGUUCCACAUGGACCAGUGGAGCCUUCAGAUCAGGAAGAAGGGGGUUCGAUCCCCUCAUGCCUUCCCUCGUGUAAUCAGGAUCUGGUAUGAGACGAAGCCCACAGGAGGAUCUGUGAGAUGGACUAACAACCAAGAUGACACGUGCUGUGUUUACACCAUGGGCUCACCGAUCAACAACAGGGCUCUCUUCCCAUGCCAAGAACCACCCGUUGCAAUGUCGACAUGGCGGGCUCGUGUAAAAGCUUCGUGUGAAUAUUUGGUUCUGAUGAGCGGCGAGAAUCAGGCCGUUCCCAUAGCUGACGAGACAGGUUUCUCACAAUGGGAUUAUUAUGUUACUAUGCCUAUGCCUGCCUCAACGUUUACCAUAGCAAUUGGGAAGUGGCAGGAAGCAAAAACAUUGGCUGACAAGCGUGAGGGACAGAAAAAUGACGAGCAAUGUGCAGAGUUAGAAUGCAAAAGUUUAAAAGCUGACAGAAGUUGUGAGAACCAAAGCCUGACCACCUUUAUUAAUGAUGAAGAUGAACAGAACUGCUGCUUCCAUGUUGAUUAUCCGUGUCGUUUCAUGGACCGAAUGUCCAGAGCUCAGGUGCUCAAACCUCACCGGAUUUUUGCCCCAUCCUGUCACCUGCGGAGAGCAGAAUCUACAGUUUUGCCCCUGCUGCCCCUCUGUCUGGCUGCUGCUCACUCUGUUUUAGGUGUCCACCCAUUCUCACGUCUAGAUGUGCUCAUUGUUCCACCUGGUUUCUCCAGCCUGGGCAUGGCCAGUCCCCAUAUCAUCUUCCUGUCCCAGAGUGUACUAGCAGGUGAGAAAAGUCUGUGUGGGGCGAGAUUGUGCCAUGAGAUCGCACAUUCCUGGUUUGGCUUAGCGAUAGGUGCACGGGACUGGACAGAGGAGUGGAUCAGUGAGGGAUUUGCCACCUACUUUGAGGAUGUGUUCUGGGCCAAAGUGCAGCAGUUGGGUAGUGGUGAGGAUGAGGAGCAGAAGCAGCUGAAGGCAUUGCUUCGUUGGAGAAGACUGAAGGAUGAGCUGGAGAACUCUGAAGAGCAGCUGCAGGUCCUCAGGCCCAAUAAGGAAACUACAGGAGCAGUCAGUGAGUCUGGAGCCUCCAUAGUGAAGCAUGCUCUUAAUCCAGGAAAACCAUUCAUGCAAGUGCACUACCUGAAAGGUUAUUUUCUUCUGAUGUUUCUGGCAAGUCAAGUGGGCGAGGAUGAAUUCUUGAGCUUCUUCAGACUUUUUGUGAGAAGAUUCCAUGGGCGGCUUAUUCUCUCUCAGGAUUUCCUCCAGAUGUUUUUGGAAACAUUCACAGCUUUAAAAAGUCGAGGCCUCACCCUUGAGUCAGUUUAUUCAGACUGGCUGGAUACACCUGGAAUACCGAAGUGGUUGGAAGAAGCCAGCUCGACGUGGUUGCAGUCUCCACCAGUCACAGAAGUCAAACAGGAGGUUGAAAAAUGGAUGCGCCUGAGCGGCGGCACUGGAAAGGGCACCAAGCGGAAGAGAGCCGGGCCCAAGGUGAACUUCAAAGAGCUGAGCGCUGUGCAGUUGGUUUUGCUGUUGGAGUUCUUGCUAGAGGAGACAGAGAUUAGUGGGUCCUUUCUAAACCUCCUGCAAAAAACAUACAGUCUGUGCAAUCAGGAUGCUGAGGUGAAGCAUCGCUGGUGUGAGCUGGUGGUCAAGCAUAAAUACACAGAUGCAUAUAGAGACGUUGAACACUUUCUGAUUCAUGAUCAGGCAAUGGGUGUGUAUCUGUAUGGCGAGCUGAUGCUUCAAGAAGACGGGCGUCAGCAGGCUUUAGCACGGCGCUGCCUGUCAGCCAUCAAAGACGACAUGGACCAAUCAGCACGCAGUGUGGUGGAAGAAAUGAUCCUUUAAGGAAUUAGAAGGACCCGAACUCUCAGGGAAAUCUACAUAAUCAGACUGGCACUUCAGAGCACAAUUCUUCUUCACAUUAAAGAACAUUGCAAGAUGCCAGAAAGACAUUUUUUUGUACUAAAAACGAAUAAUAAACUUUUUUUUUUUUUAAAGUAA